ACGUCCAGCGUCUUAAUGUUUUGACAAGCAGCUCUUAGGAGCAGAGGAGCAGAGACGUGCAUCAGCUGAUCGUCCUUUAUUAUGAUGAAGAUGAUGGUUAUAACGCUUCAUGGCGGUUUAUCGGAGAUACAGACACAGUGUAAUGUUUAGUUGGGAUGUUUCCUGCUGCUUUAAUUAGCUGGUUGCUGCUGGUUUAGCAGGUUAAACUUUAGUUAACCUAGUUGUGAUUAGACAGUAGAGCUUUGGGUCUGAUGUCAUGGUCCAUAAACACACGUGUCAUUACAGAAUGGCGUGUUGAUGGAGACUUAGAGUCGCAGUGAAGAUACUGAGGGUGUGUGUGUGUGUGUGUGUGUGUGUGUGUGUGUGUGUGUGUGUGUGUGUUAGGGUGCUAUGGAGGCUUGGGAUGGUUCAUAGCUUAUGUGUGUGUGUGUAUUUUAUGUUAGAUCAGAUCUUGGUGUUGGUGAUUUCACUGUAAAGGUUUAAGUGGUGUUGGCAUGAAGAGAUGGACACACACACACACGAACACACACACACAUAUGAACACACACUGCAGCAGGACAAGGUGACUUCUUUGAACAAUCCUAGUCAUUUGCACGAGUGAUUUUGGGGACUGUAGAUCUGCUGUUAUUGUGCUGGAGCUGCUGAUGGUGUGGAGGUUCAGGGCUCUGAAGCAGAGACUCGGAGAGGUUUAUUAUUAGAGCCACAGACGGAGGAAGGAGCUGAGGAGAGCUGGAGGUCCACACCGAAGGAACCAUGAAGCCUGAGCGAGAAGCGGCAGAGGAGUUUUUUGAGUAUGACGCAGAGGAGUUCCUGGUGUCCCUCACGCUCCUGAUCACAGAGGGCCGGACUCCAGAAUGUUCAGUGAAAGGUCGUACCGAAGGCCUGCACUGCCCCCCCGCACAGUCCGGUGGACCGAUCCUCACCAAACAUGAAUGCAGCGACAAACUGCCUCAGUGUCGUCAGGCGAGGAGGACGAGGUCAGAGGUCAUGUUGCUAUGGCGAAAUCACAUCCCUAUAAUGAUCGAAGUGAUGUUGCUGCCUGACUGUUGCUACAGCGACGAGGGUCUGGCUACAGACCUGAAUGACCCGGCAAUCAAACAGGAUGCACUGCUACUGGAGAGAUGGACAAUACAGCCUGUCCCGAGACAGAGUGGCGAUCGGUUUAUCGAGGAGAAGACUUUGCUGUUGGCCGUACGUUCCUACGUGUUUUUCUCUCAGCUGAGUGCCUGGCUCAGCGCCUCUCAUGGCAUCGUGCCCAGAAACAUCCUCUAUAGAAUAAGUGCAGCCAAUGAAGAGCUGAUAUGGAAUUUCUCCCAGUCGCCCUCGGAGCAUGCCUUCCCAGUGCCCAACGUGUCCCACAGUGUAGCACUGAAGGUGCGGGUUCAGUCGUUGCCCCGCCAGCCCAAGUACCCCGUGUUGAAGUGCAGCAUUCACUCUGACCUCUCAUUCCUUGGAAAACGUUCUCUUGACCCUGCUGAGGCUCCGUUAGUGGGUGCCUAUAGUCGGGGUCAGACCGUCAGUGAUCCUCCAAACCCCCUUAGACUCCAAAGUUCACCUCUUUUAUGCAGACCUCUUCGCUCCCCGUUACCUCCUCAUGACAGAACCAGCCCUCUGAACCAGCGUAAAUGCCCCGAAUCACCCAUCCUGCCCGGCAAAGCCGCAAAGCUACUGCUGUCCAGAACCAAUAGCAUCUUGGAAAGCACAGUAAAGGCACCAAAUCUGGAACUGCCCUCGUCAUCUUCAUCUCCAACACGCGAUUUCAAAUCACUCUCAAACCCCUUGUUUUCCAACCCCAACCCGAGUUUUCGCACCUCCUCAGCUGAAACCAACCCCUUGAUUGGUUCACUGCUCCAGGAGCGGCAGGAAGUGAUCGCCCGCAUUGCAGAGAGGCUGAAUUUCUGCGACCCCACGUCACCUCACCUUCUUCCCGACGCUCUCUUCACACAACCAGGGGAUGAAGGGCCAUUUAAGAAGACCAAAGAUCCUCCUAGUCUUCAAACAAAUGACAGAAAUGGGACAAGGAAUGGAGAAUGGAGCCAGACUUCUUUCUUUCAAACACCACUGAGCCCCAGGAGCAGGUCUCGGGUGGAACGAAGCGAACCAGACGAGUCCAGGACGUCACCCAAACCGACGUCCUGUAGGCGGCUUCUGCUUUCGGCUGAUUCAAAAGAAGGUUCUAUGAUCGCUGAAGCUGUACAGGACAUCUCACGUUUGAUUCAGGAGCGUCUUCAGCUGUCUCAAGAGAUCCUGUAUGCCAAAUACAAACAAUGUCGGGAGUCAUCAACACCCACCUCCUCGCAGAACCAAAACCAGACCCAAAACCAUAAGCAAAAUCAGAAUCAAAGCCAGACACAAAACCAGAACCACCAGCUUAGAACUAACAGUCACGCUAGCUAUGGUAACGGAACAAUAAACACAGCCAAUGGUGAAACCAGCUCAAACUUUCGAGUUCACACUGAAACACUUGAGAAACGGACCUUGUCUGAAAACCAGGGCCGGUCUGGACCCCUGAACAAAGAACCUACUAUCACUAAACCUCAACCACUAACACAAACCAGCCAUGCAUACAGUGCCAAAAAGGAUCCCUGGAAAUCUUUACACAGCAGCCCUAAACACUCUCACAGCCUGAACGGAGUGGCAGGAAUCAACGACCUCAACCACCUCCAGGACCUUCAGGCCCACCAGUUUGGGAAGGAAAACCAGGGCAGAAGAGUAGAAACACAGAUCCAAGCAGAGUACACACUGCCUGGUCAGGAUGAGGACCAAGAUCCCUGGUCCUCCCUCUCCAGCACACCCACCAGCCUUAAUACCCAACACUCCUCGAGCCCAGACUGGACUCUCAACAACACCGCCCACACCACGCUGCGAAGCCCCGCCUCCUCCCUGAAGCCAUGCAGUAGUAACUGGAAGAAGCAGAACAGACACUCCAUCGAUGGAACAGCCACGAGAGCGUUCCACCCCUGCACCGGUCUGCCCCUGCUGUCCAGCCCGGUUCCUCAGAGGAGAAGUCAGACUGGAUAUUUUGACUUGGACACGACUUUGGCUCAGUGUAAAGGAGCACUGUGGGGCUCCAGUAAAAGAGUGUGUUUGAAGAGAUCUGAAGACUCCGAGGAACCUCAGCAGCUCCUGAGCGCCAGCGCCCCUCCCGCCAGUCUCAGCCUUCUGGGAAAUUUUGAGGAGUGUGUCCUAAACUACCGCUUGGAGCCACUUGGUACCGUCGAGGGUUUCACAGCUGAAGUUGGUGCCAGUGGUUCGUUCUGCCCGAGUCACAUGACCUUUCCGGUAGACGUGUCGUUCUACAGUGUGUCAGAUGAUAAUGCUCCUUCUCCCUACAUGGGGGUCAUAAACCUGGAGUCUCUGGGGAAGAGGGGCUACCGUGUGCCUCCAUCAGGAACCAUUCAAGUGACCUUAUUUAACCCCAAUAAGACGGUGGUGAAGAUGUUUGUGGUGAUGUACGAUCUGAGAGAAAUGCCAGCCGGCCAUCAGACAUUCCUGAGGCAGAGGACUUUCUCCGUCCCGGUCAAACGCGAAUCAAACGGACAAAACCACAGGAAGCCCCUCCUCCCUGGCCAGGGGCGGACCCUGCGCUACCUCAUACACCUGAGGUUCCAGAGCUCCAAAUCUGGAAAGAUCUACCUCCAUCGAGACAUCCGACUUCUGUUCUCACGCAAAUCUAUGGAAGUGGACAGUGGUGCUGCCUACGAGCUCAAAUCCUUCACCGAGUCUCCAGCUGAUCCUCCUUUCUCCCCGAGAUGCUGAUCCGCUCAUGAGCCAUCUAACGUCCUGUUCCCACUCCAGCACAGAGGCCUUACUGAAGUCUGAUCUCACACACACACACACACACACACGCGCACACACACACACACACACACACACACACACACACACGCACACACACGCACACGUUCAUAUUCUUCUCAUUCUUUCUCUCUCCACAGCUCUGUUUGUCUCUUUUAUUGUCCGUCUUCUUAGUUUUUUGUAAAUGUUUUCCUCUUUAUUUCUCUCCUUUGUCUCUAUACAUUUAUUAUUAUUGUCCUAUAUUUAUUCUUUCAUCUUUUGUUCUUCUCUCCUUUUUCCUUCACUGCUUAAUUUUCAUGCCUUCUGUUUAAUUUAUUAAUCGAUCGUCUCUCUCGCUCUCUCAUUCUUUCUUUAUCUGUCUCUGUGUCCUUCUCUUUCUCUCUCUCUCUCUCUCUCUCUCUCUCUCUCUCUCUCUCUCUCCCUCCCCCUCUCUGUCUCUCUCUCUCUCCCUCCCUCUCUCUCUCUCUCUCUCUCUCUCUCUCUCUCUCUCUCUCUCUCUCUCUUUCUCUGUCUCUCCCUCCCCCUCCCUCUCUCCCUCUCUCUCUCUCUCUUUCUCUGUCUCUCCCUCUCUC